AUGACAGUCUUUGUCGUCUCCCUGUUUCUCCCUAAUACGAUCCACUUCACUCUCCCUACCAACCCUCCGCGUGGCCCGGGUGCCAGCUCAUCUACACCGAAACGAGUAGCUACCCGGAUCGAUACAUCUGGCAAGCCGAGUCUCUUCGGCGAGCAACGAGACCUCACACCUCCAGAAACCCCAGUUGGAGAUAAAAACACCGAGAGCUUCUUCACCAGCAACGAGAACGUCGAGCCUCGCAGCCACUUCCCAAAACAGGAAAUCCCACGCUCCCUGAUUACCCUCAGCGACCCACACUCGCCAGCCUGGGGCUCCGGACAUCUCUUCACUCAGCCUCAAUCAAGAGCCAGCUCUCCCCCUCCCGCGAAUAUCUUGAAGCAUAAUAAGAGCCCGGAGAAGGCAAAGAUCCUUGGGCGAGCAAGUGUCCGACAACCACAGCUUGGUAGAAAAGGGAGCAUCGACAGAGUCUUUGCCCAUGCCGAUUGGACGGUUGUACCAGCAGAACAAGGCAAUGGCGGGCUCAGAAAUGCUGUCCGGGCUGCCGUGAGAAACGGAAAGCUGCACGACAAGACCUGGGUCGGAACUCUGGGAAUGCCCACAGAUGCCCUCGAGGAGACACGACAGAAGCAAGACAUUGAGGAUCGAUUGGCUACAGAGCACGACUCUCUGACUGUGUUCUGUAAGGACAGCGAUUUUGACGGACAUUAUACGCACUACUGCAAGCAGAUCCUCUGGCCUGUCUUCCAUUACCAGAUCCCGGAUAAUCCAAAGAGCAAGGCUUAUGAGGACCAUUCCUGGGUGUACUACGUUGCUGUCAACCAGGCCUUUGCGGACAAGAUCGUCAAGAACUGGAAGCGCGGAGAUGUCAUCUGGGUCCAUGAUUACCAUCUGCUCUUGGUGCCGUCCAUGAUUCGCAAGAAGCUCCCAGAUGCCAAGAUCGGAUUCUUCCUCCAUGUAGCAUUUCCCUCGUCCGAGGUGUUCCGAUGCCUCGCCGUGCGAAAGGAGCUUCUCGAAGGUAUGCUCGGAGCUAAUCUUAUCGGUUUCCAAAUCCAUGAGUACGCACGCCAUUUCUUGCAAACUUGCAGCCGGCUCCUGUGCGUCGAGGCUACCAAUGAUGGGGUCCAGCUCGAGGACCGCUUCGUUGAUGUCUUCAACCUUGCCAUUGGCAUCGAUCCCGUCGCUCUGGAGAUGAACCGCACCCAACCAAAUGUCACCCAGUGGCUCAAAACCAUGCAGGAGCGAUAUCGUGGUAAGAAGUUGAUUGUUGCCAGAGACAAGUUGGAUCACGUGCGUGGUGUUCGACAGAAGCUCCUGGCCUACGAGCUGUUCUUGAACAAGCAUCCAGAAUGGAGAGAUCGUGUCGUUAUGAUCCAGGUUGCGACCUCGAGUACCGAGCAAGCUGAGCUGGAUGCCACCGUCUCGGACAUCGUUACCCGAGUCAACUCGUCGUGGGCCAACUUGGCGUAUCAACCUCUGGUUUACCUGAAGCAAGACAUUAGCUAUCCCCAAUACCUCGCUCUUCUCACGGUAGCUGAUGCUCUGAUGAUCACUAGUCAGCGCGAGGGUAUGAACCUCACUUCUCACGAGUAUCUCUUCUGCCAAGAUGGAAAGUUCAAGGGACACAACCGUCAUGGCUCUCUCAUCUUGAGCGAGUUCACCGGAAGUGCUUCGGUCUUCGGUGGUAACGAGCUCUCGGUCAAUCCUUGGGACUAUCGACAAUGCGCCGACGCCAUUGAGCAGGCCUUGCAGAUGGGCGACGACGAGAAGAAGACCCGGUGGGAUAAUUUGUAUAAGGCUGUCAUGCAUCACACUGCUGAGCACUGGCACACCGCCUUCCUCGCCAGACUGGAAAAGGUCUACGACGAGCAACAUCGACGUGAUACUACUUCGGUUCCACGAUUGGCCAUCAACCAGCUAGGUGCCCAGUACCAACAGUCUAAACGCAGACUUCUCAUCUUGGACUACGAGGGAACUCUUGCUUCGUGGGGAUCGCCCAACGACAUCAUUCUCACCAGCCCCCAACGUACGCUUGACGUCCUGAAUGACAUUCUCCAGGAUGCUCGUAACACUGUCUACGUUAUGUCCGGUCGUCAACCCGAAGAGCUUGACCGACUCUUCAAGCGCGUUCCCAACCUCGGUCUCAUUGCUGAGAACGGCUGCUUUUUGAAAAAAUUCGGCCUGCACAAGUGGGUUGAGAUGGCCGAUCCAGAACAGAUGCGUGCUUGGAAGGACUCUGUGAAGGGCAUCAUGCAGUACUACCACGAGCGUACACCCGGAUCGUGGGUUGAGACUCGGCACUGCAGCAUCAUCUUCCACUACAAGAGCUGCGAGGAUCAGGACAGUGCCAGUCGUCAAGCUGGUGACUGCGCCAGUCAUAUCAAUGAUGCUUGCGAGGAGCAGAGAGUUCGGGCUAUUCCCACCGAAGGCGCUGUUAUUGUUGAGCCAAUGGACUGGUCUAAGGGCACAGCCGCUAUGCAAAUCUUCGCUGAUCUCAAGAAGGAUAUGGCACCGAAUCUUGGCCACGACUCGCCAGUUGACUUCUUGAUGGUUGCUGGUGAUGGCCGUGACGACGAAGUCAUCUUCCGUUGGGCCAAUAAUCUCGAGCAGGAUAAAACCGUCAAGCAUGUCACGACAGUUAGUCUGGGCAGUCGUAACACCGAAGCCAGUUGUUCUCUUACACAGGGCGUUAAUGGUGUCUUGAGCGUCUUGCAUAGACUCUCCACACUGACAUAA